UCCUGGUCCUUUGUUCUCCAUUCAUAACAAUACAAAUUCCAGUGAUUGAAUCCAUAACCCAUAAGAAUCAAAAUGCGCAUGUACAUUUGUGGCUGCCCAGCUGUCCUCCCCGACGGAAGUACUGACUUCGGUCCGAGGGUGUUCGGUGAACACAGAGUGUGGGACUUUCCUUGCGUCUCCUACGCCCCGGACGAUGCCGCUCUGCCCCUGUACCAGCACGGCAAGCAGUUGGACUAUCGGGCCAACAAACUGUCGAUGCGGUGCAAGUGCCUCGCGAGAAACUGGGAAGUGUUCAAACGGAACCUGCCCACGCUGCCCGUGGCUUCUGUCUUCGUCCCCAGCACCAAAGACUACCACUUUGUCAACAACCGUCUGCAGUACCUCCCCGAGAGGCACGUCAAGGUGCGGAUGCACAUGAAGGCCGGGCCCUUGCUGGACAACUGGUCGCAGCUCCCCAUACCGGCAGACACUCAUUACAGGUACCGGGCGCCGCUGGGUGGCGGUGUCCCCUCCAACACGACGGCGUGGUAGAGGAAGAGGACGAGACACAGCAUCAGAAUACUACUGCUAACAGUUUUAUGACUGUCGGUGCAAAACCGUUCACGAGCCCGAGAAAUAUUAUGCGUCGAAAAUGAAUCAUUGUAUAAUCGGUGCGCGUCUAUAAACUUCGAGCGACCAGAAACGCAUCCUAAGUUAACCCGAAUCUUGCUCUGAAUUAGUCUGAUCGGUUUGUAGCGGUAUCGGGACCGAGCAGGGACGACCCGAGCCUGACGCUCAGCCACGCUCAGCCACGCUCAGCCACGCGCAGCACGUCCUGCUUCGCGGUGUAGC